AAGCUUUACUAACUUUAGCGAAGUUUAAUAUCUAAUUGAACUAGCGGUGGAUCGGCGCAGAAGUCCACACAGUCGGAUGAGCGGUCGGACGAUAAGGGCCAGAGAGUGUGAGGACUAGAAUGGUAGAAUCGAGGAGCUUCUCGAUUCUCCAUCCUUCUCAGCUUCUUAGACAUUUUUAGAGAGAGAGGGAGAGAGAAAGAGAGAGGAAUUACUGUUCUUUCAUUCUUUGUUUCAUUCAUUUAAGGCGGUUUUGGGAUUUCUUCCAUCUUACGUUCUUUGAGUUUCACUGCUUCUGUGUUUUCUUGUCGGGAAGGCUAGGAUUUGCUAUGAUUUCGUCAUGAUCUACUUUUCGUUGCGGCUAGAGUGAUUCUUUUUAACUGUUUCAGCUGGGUAGGAAGUGAUUCUGGAUAAACCCAUUUUGUAUUAUUGGUGUAAGGUUCUUGAAACUUCAUUGAAAUCUGUGAAUUCUGUUGAAACUUGCUUAGUUCUGUUGAAAGAAGGUGAAAUUUGGAACUCGUUUAUGAAAAUUAAUCUUGUGAGUGGUUGGGAGGUUUGCAUAGUCUCUUUAUUCAGGUUUGAAGAAAUGUAGUUUUUUGGAUCGUGGAGACUAUUUGGAUUGAAUAUUGUAUUGUGAUUUAGUUUGUUGAUGAGCUUUGCAGGGGAAUUGGUAGGCAGAUUGGAAUUGAGAAUUUAGAAUGUUCUUGUGUCUGAAAAUUAUUUUGGUGGGCUUGUUUUUGUCCUUUUAAGCUUCUGUUGCGGUGGAUUGGAGUUGGCAUUUCGGCUACCUUGGUUUUAAGAUUAUCGAGGUGGAGACUUAUGAGUGUUCUUGUAAUUCUUUUCUGUCUGCUUUCUUCCACUGGAUUUACCAAGUGAUGGGGUGUUUGCAUUCCAAAGGAUGCAUUGGUCAUGUGCCAGACUCGCCGAGACAAGAACCCAAAGCAAAAGGUGGAAUGAAGGCAACAGUGAUUGAAUAUGCUCAUUCUUCAGCUUCUUCAGAUGGGGAAGAUGGUGGCGAUGGAGAUCGGCUUCAUGAGCUAGGUACUAAUAGGGACUCUGAUGUGGGGAUAAAUCGGCUUUCAAGGGUUUCAUCACAAUUUCUUCCUCCUGAAGGGUCUAAGACAGUCAGAGUUCCUAUAGGAAACUAUGAGUUGCGGUAUUCUUUUCUUUCUCAAAGAGGGUUCUAUCCAGAUGCAUUGGAUAAACCAAAUCAAGAUAGCUUUUGUAUUCACACUCCAUUUGGUGCAAAUCCUGAUGAUCACUUCUUUGGUGUUUUUGAUGGACAUGGAGAGAAUGGAGCUCAGUGCUCGCAGUUUGUCAAACGGAAAUUAUGUGAAAAUUUGCUCAGGAAUAGCCGGCUUCAAGUUGAUGUCAUUGAAGCAAUCCAUGCUACUUUCUUGACAACAAAUUUACAGCUCCAUGCUGAUGUGUUGGAUGAUAGCAUGAGUGGUACCACAGCAGUAACAAUUUUGGUUCGAGGCAGAACAAUUUAUGUUGCAAAUGCAGGAGAUUCUAGGGCGGUCAUUGCAGAGAGGAGAGGCAAAGACAUUGUGGCCAUGGACCUCUCCAUUGAUCAGACUCCUUUUCGAAGUGAUGAGCUUGAGAGAGUUAAGCACUGUGGCGCAAGGGUUCUGACCUUAGAUCAGAUAGAAGGGCUGAAGAAUCCAGAUGUAAGGUGUUGGGGAACAGAAGAAGAUGAUGAUGGGGAUCCUCCUAGAUUAUGGGUGCAAAGUGGUAUGUAUCCUGGCACAGCUUUCACAAGGAGUAUUGGAGAUUCCAUUGCUGAAUCUAUUGGUGUGGUUGCUUCCCCGGAGAUUUAUGCCUUGGAGCUCACACACAACCACCCUUUUUUUGUAAUUGCUAGCGAUGGAGUGUUUGAGUUUCUAUCCAGCCAAACUGUAGUUGAUAUGGUGGCAAAAUUUAAGGAUCCUCGUGAUGCAUGCGCUGCAAUUGUUGCUGAAUCAUAUCGACUUUGGCUACAAUUCGAAACACGUACUGAUGACAUUACAAUCAUAGUUGUGCAUAUUAAUGGGCUAAAUGAAACCAAAGUUGUUCAAAAUAUACUUGAUGCACCUUCAAACCUUUUGCCUCAAGAUGUGGAACAAACAGAGUCUGAACCCCCACUUCCUGUGGCUUGGAAUUCCCAAAACCAACGUGUGAGGCACGAGCUGUCUCGGACACGGCUCAAGGAAAUUGAGAGUUCCCUAGAGAAUGUUCAUAGUUGGUUUCCUCCUUCUGUGUCACAUAGGAAAACAUGGGAAGAAGAAGCACACAUUGAGAGAGUAAUGCGUGAUCAUUUUCUUUUUAGAAGGAUUACCGAAUCCCAAUGCCACGUUUUGCUGGACUGUAUGCAAAAACUGGAAGUUAAGCCUGGGGAUGUGGUUGUUGAACAGGGUGAAGAGGGUGACUGCUUUUAUGUUGUUACAAAUGGCGAGUUUGAAGUCCUUGCUACUCAGGAAGAAGGGAUGGAGGUUGUCACCAAAGUUCUGCAUCGAUAUACAGCUGAAAAGCUGUCAUCCUUUGGCGAGCUGGCACUAAUGUACAAAAAGCCACUUCAGUCAUCUGUUCGUGCUGUGACUGCUGGAACCCUUUGGGCAUUAAAGAGGGAAGAUUUUCGAGAAAUUCUUACUUCUGAAUUUUCCAACAUAGCAUCCUUGAAGUUGCUCAGAUCUAUAGAGCCUUUUUCAAGGCUGACAAUAUUGCAGCUAAGUCGUAUUGCUGAAUCUCUCGUGGAAGUCUGUUUCUCUGAUGGGCAAAAAAUAAUUGAUAAGGAUGUGUCCCUCUCUGGCCUGUAUAUCAUUAAGAAAGGUCUUGUGAGACUAUCAUACAUUGCAGACACUUCGAAUCCUGUUGUUUCCCAUCUCUUGUCUGCUGAUUCCGACCAGAGAACUGAGAUUCAAGACAAUAAUGUACAUGUAGUGGAGUUAACAGAGGGAAGUCACUUUGGAGAAUGGACACUUUUUGGGGAAUCUGUAUGUCCUUUGUCAGCGAGUUCUGUUGGUGAGUUAGUAUGCUUGGUUAUUACAAAGGAGAAAUUUGAUUCAGCUGUUGGUUCAGUUCCAAAACUUCCUCAGGAAGAUCGGAAGACAAAAUAUUCUUUGUGUUCUUCAGAGGAAACCAUCUUAAAUAAUGAUGCUUCAACAUGCAAGAGAAUUAAUGCCUCUGAUCUGGAGUGGAAAAGAAGCAUUUACGCAGCUGAUUGCUGUGAGAUAGGACUUGUCCUUUUGAAAGGCACUGAUACUGUUCGUACCCUGAAGAGGUUUUCUAAAAAGAAAAUUAAAGAGCUUGGAAAGGAAGAACAGGUGAUGAAGGAGAAGAGAAUAUUAAUUAGUUUAAACACCUCAGCUUCUGUGCCACCUGUACUAUGUACCUGUGCUGACCACUUACAUGUUGGGAUUCUGCUCGAUUGUUGCCUUGCUUGUACUUUGUCUUCUGUUCUCACUACACCAUUGGAUGAAAAUUCAGCACGAUUUUGUGCUGCUUCUCUUGUUGUUUCUUUGGAGGAGCUACAUAAGAAUUCAGUGCUUCACAGAGGAAUUUCACCAGAUGUUGUAAUGCUCGACCAAACUGGACAUUUGCAGUUGGUAGACUUUAGAUUUGCAGAGAAUUUAGGAGGAGAAAGAACCUUCACUAUAUGUGGAAUUGCAGAUUCUUUAGCCCCAGAAAUAGUCCUAGGGAAAGGACAUGGAUUUGGUGCUGACUGGUGGGCAUUGGGAGUGCUAAUAUAUUUCUUGCUACAAGCUGAAAUGCCAUUUGGAUCAUGGAGGGAAAGUGAACUCGAGGCAUUUGCAAAAAUUUCCAAAGGACAUUUGACACUUCCCCAGACCUUCAGUAUUGAAGUGGUUGACCUCAUCACCAAGCUGCUGGAUGUCAAUGAAGCUACACGACUCGGCAGUGAUGGCCCCGACUCCGUGAAAGCUCAUUCAUGGUUUAAUGGCGUCGACUGGAAAAACAUUGUUGAUGGUACUUUUCCAGUUCCCCAGGAGAUCAUUUCUCGUAUCGAUGCAUUUUUAGAAAAUCAUGUAGAGGAAUUCAAGGAGCCUGUCUACUCUCCGUCCCAUGAAGCAGAACUCAACUCUCCAGAAUGGUUGGAAAAUUGGUAAAAAUCUUCCCCAGAUUUUUCCACCGUGUGAUUUUAACAUUUUGUAUGCACCAGACGUAUCUUGCUGUCAAGUCUCCAAGCUUUAACUGCAGCGCGAUAAAGAGAAAUCAAUCAGACAUUUAGCUUAUCGUGAGAGAUUGGCGGAUAACAUAGGAAAUAAUGAAGCAUCUGAAUGUCAGAAGUUCUAUAGAGCUUCACACAGAGAGACAGAGAGAGAGGAAAUCAUUAUAUUCAUUAUUUGUGAUGUGCUUGAUGAUGACUACAUUAAAGAAGCACGAUGCAUUUGUUCUGUGUGCUUUUCUUUUUGAAAUGUGUAGUUGCAAACAUAUUUGAUGACACAUUUAAUAGUAACUGGUGAUUGCUCCAUGUAUAUUUUCUUCUUAUACCUAUCUUUUAAAUGAAGAUUUUAGCCAUUUUUCAAGAGCAGAGUGGAUUUCAUCUCACUCAAGUUAACAUUUAUUCUGUAUUAAAUGUUAUGUCAUAUAAAAAUAUGAUGUUAGCUCGUCA